UUGACAAACGUUACGUCACCGCGCGCUGUCGUCGCUAGGUGGGGCGGGGGUUGUUGUUGUUGUAUCGUCUUGCGGGGGGACGCGAAGACUCUUUCACACCAUUCAGAUUUGGAUUAGCUGAACCACGGAUAACAUUUAUAUCAUCAACUCCGUAAAGGACCCCGCUGCAAGCCAUCUCGAGUCAACAUGGGGAGCUGUUUAACUGUGGGGCCGAACGAAGCUCUGGUGGUCUCCGGUGGUUGUUGUGGCUCUGAUACAAAGACCUACGCUGUGGGAGGCUGGGCCUGGGCUUGGUGUCUCAUCUCGGACACUCAGAGGAUAACCCUCGAGAUCAUGACUCUGCAGCCCCGAUGUGAGGACGUGGAGACAGCAGAGGGGGUAGCCAUCACGGUCACAGGUGUGGCUCAGGUGAAAGUCAUGACGGAGCAUGACUUACUGGCAGUAGCUUGUGAGCAGUUCCUGGGUAAAUCGGUCAUGGAAAUCAAAGCUGUGGUUCUGCAGACUUUGGAGGGACAUCUGCGCUCCAUUCUAGGUACCUUGACUGUAGAGCAGAUCUAUCAGGACAGAGACCAGUUUGCUAAACUGGUGAGGGAGGUGGCAGCUCCCGACGUGGGCAGGAUGGGCAUCGAGAUUCUCAGCUUUACCAUCAAGGAUGUGUACGAUAAACUGGAUUACCUGAGCUCCCUUGGGAAGACCCAGACUGCAGCCGUCCAGAGAGACGCAGACAUCGGCGUGGCUGAGGCAGAGAGGGAUGCUGGGAUACGGGAAGCCGAGUGUAAGAAGGAGAUGAUGCACGUCAAAUUCCAGGCUGACACCAAGAUGGCAGAUUCCAAACGAGAGCUGGAGCUGCAGAAAGCUAAUUUCAACCAGGAAGUCAACACUAAGAAAGCAGAGGCCCAGCUGGCGUACGAGCUGCAGGCAGCCAAGGAGCAGCAGAAGAUCUGCCUGGAGGAGAUUGAGAUCGAAGUGGUGCAGAGGAAGAAGCAGAUCACCAUCGAGGAGAGGGAGAUCGAGCGGACGGACAAGGAGCUCAUCGCCACAGUCAAGAGGCCCGCCGAGGCAGAGGCCUACAAAAUGCAGCAGCUGGCCGAGGGGCAGAAGACGAAGACGGUGCUGAUAGCUCAGGCUCAGGCAGAAAAGAUCAGGAAGAUCGGCGAGGCGGAGGCUUCCUCCAUCGAGGCCGUGGGCAAGGCGGAGGCUGAGAAGAUGAGACUGAAGGCUGAGGCCUACCAGCAGUACGGAGAGGCAGCUAAGACCGCCCUGGUCCUGGAGGCCCUGCCUAAGAUUGCGUCCAAGGUGGCUGCGCCAUUAGCCAAGACCAAUGAGAUCGUCAUGCUCAGUGGGGACGGCAACCGGCUGACCAGCGAGGUCAACCGCCUGUUGGCUGAACUUCCUGUGUCUGUCAACGCUCUCACUGGAGUGGAUUUGUCAAAGAUCCCGUUGCUGCAGAAGAUGACCGGUGCUCAAGCCUGAAAGCCGACUCCUCCACAUGACUCCAGUAUCUCUUGUAUGCACUCUGAUAGACUGCCUUUAAUACACUUGAAGAAUUUUGUUGUUUUAUACGUAUAUACUGUAAACCAAGUGAAUUUUGGAAACCUCUGGUGCCUUACUUCACACAGGGCCAGAAUAUCUGCAUGCACUGCUGCUCAUUCAAAGAUUUUUUUUUUUAUUUAUUUUGUGUUAACAUGGGAACAUUUUGUGUUUUUUAUCCAGGUUAGAUUCAUUAUAACACUUAAUAUUCUGUAUUUAUACAUUGAGGGUCCUGCUUUGUCAGACCCCGGGGCCUCGGCUCUCACUUUUUACAUUCCGUACGUCGUUUUAUAUUAUACUUUCUUUAUCGUUAGACACAUCUGCAUUCCCUAGAUAACAUUAAUCUCUUUCUCGUAGAGCUUUUCUUUGUAUCCUACAUGUUGCAAUAUUUAAUGAUUUGUUAUUUUGGGUCACUGAUUGAUUCUUACAAUGCAACAGGUGCUCAAAAUCUUAAAAGAAGCCUCUCUCAUUGUGCAAAGUUUGUCUGUUCCCCUGAAAUAAGUUUAAUUCUCGACAAACUGUUGAUAUCAGGCAUGAUAAAUAUGCUUUUUAUUGACAUGCUGGCAGGAAAACGGGACGCAAAAUCUGAUCUUGUGCUGAUAUGGUUAGCUUGUAGUGUGUUCCUUUUAAUAUUUAGUGGAAAACUGUUAGUUUCGGCCUUGAUUAAGAUUGAAAAAAAUCAGCCUGUGUUAAAAAGAAAGAAAGAAGAGAAAGUAAGAAUGAUGGGCAAACUGUAAAAAUGGCCAGCAUGGAGGUGUGUUUGUUAUGUUUAUAUUUGGGGGAAAAAGCUUCAUGUGAGUAGAUUCUAAAAAGUGAAAGGCCGAACAGCGAUGCCAAAUAGAAUAGGUUGUCUUUUAAUUUGUUGUAUUGUCGUUAUCAGAAGGAUUUUGGGAUACUGUACAGUAUAUCUGAUGUGUAAUUUCAUACUAUAAAUACCCGUAAAUGCUAAGUCACGUUCGACAGGGUGCGUCAAACAAACCAAACUCCUACACUUUACACAGAAACACACUUUUCUGUUUAACGUUUGCACACGUUUGCAUUGAUUUGUUUUUAAUAACUGUGACAUAAAAAAAAUAGAAGGACCUUUUAGCACUUUGUGUGUGCUUUAACUUAUCAAACAAUGUUUUGUCUGUUUUAAAUCAGUGAUAUUGCUGUUUGUAAAUGUUUUUUGUUUUUUGGGGGGUGGGGGCAAAGCACCAAAUGUUAAAAAGGGAGAGUUCAGAUGUUUAGAAGUGUGGUUGUAUGAGCUACUUCUCCAUAGUCAGCGUUUUAGCUACAUUUGAUGGUGGUCGGCACGCCCCAAGUUUGGAGAAACAGGGAGGAGUACGGAUUUAGACACCUAAAAAAAAAAAGCCACCAGAUUCCUUUGACAAAAACAGUAAUUUUGCCUCAAAACCAAAGGGAGUUACUGGUCUACUGCUGCCUCCACCAGUUAGUUAGUUAGUUAGUUAGUUAGUGUUAUUGUGUGACUUAACUGAAUCUGAACUAACCAUUUUCAAACACCAAAGUCACACAAUAACGCAGACUAACUAACCGAUGGAGGCAGCGGUAGAGCAGCAACUCCUUUUGGUUUUUAGGCAAAAUGACUGUUUUUGUCAGAGGAGUCUGGUGGCUUUAAGAGAGCAGAGAUAACGGCUUCAGAUCACCGUCGUAAUAGGCUGUCUGACAGCAAGGUGUGAAAAUAUUCUUAAUAUAGCGUACACACUAGACACAUUUUUUUUUUGUUGGAGUCUAAAAUACAUUUAGCUGCGGCCCCUGUCCACAGCAGCACUGUAGCCAAUACACCGACUAUGGAGAAGUAGCUUAUACAACCCCAUUAUCCUUUUUAAGCUCGGUGCAGCGGUAGAAAGAAUCUGACGCGGAAAGGUUUUUUUUUUUUUAUACAAAGAUUCGGAGUGCUUACGGUACGUUAUUGGGGCAUACCUCCUAUGAAAUGUAUCCCAUCGACUUGGACACUAACUUGCAGAAGAACAGCUCGUCUCCCUUCAAUGCUGUAAAGAGCUGCGCUCACCUACGCUAAACCUAAAACUAGCGUGGCAGUGAUGUUUGAACCUUGUAUCUCUAGCACGUGACGAAUACAGUGGUGAUUUUAUGUGUGUAUAUACAGUACAGGCCAAAAGUUUGGACACACCUUCUCAUUCAAAUGCUUUUCCUUUUU